ACUCUCCUUUCACGAUCCGCGGCGGGUCAGCUCGGCACUGCCUGCUACGGCCCGGCCCCCCGCGCAGCCGCAGGGCGGGGCGCCGGCCGCCGCCGCGCAUCCCCGGUACUCCCCACGUGCCGCCGCUGCCACAGCCGCCAUGGGUGUGCUGCCGGUGCCGGCGGAGGUGCGCGCCAUCCUGCUGGACAUCGAGGGCACCACCACCCCCAUCGCCUUCGUCCAGGAGACCUUGUUCCCUUACAUCAAGGACAACGUGAAGGAGUAUCUGCGUGCUCACUGGGAGGAGGAGGAGUGCCAGCGGGACGUCGGACUUCUGAGGAAACAGGCUCAGGAGGAUUCUAGCUUGGAUGGAGCCGUGCCAAUCCCUUUGGAGAGCGGAAGUGGGGAAGAGGAGCUGGAGCGGGUCAUCCAGGCAGUCGUAGACAACGUGCACUGGCAGAUGUCUAUGGACAGGAAGACCACAGCACUGAAGCAGCUUCAGGGGCACAUGUGGAGGGCAGCCUAUGCAACUGGGCUUGUCAAAGGAGAGAUCUUCGAGGAUGUGGUUCCAGCUAUCCGGAAGUGGCGGGAAGCUGGGAUGAAGGUCUAUAUCUACUCCUCGGGCAGCAUUGAAGCCCAGAAGCUUCUGUUUGGCUAUUCUACAGAAGGUGAUAUUCUAGAGCUCUUUGAUGGCCACUUUGAUACCAAAAUAGGCCCCAAGGUAGAAAGUGAGAGCUACAGAAGAAUUGCUGCCAGUAUUGGGUGCGCCACCAACAAUAUCCUCUUCCUGACGGAUGUCCCUCGAGAAGCCAACGCAGCCGAGGAAGCGGAUACUCACGUAGCUGUGGUGAUCAGACCAGGCAAUGCAGGACUGACAGACGAUGAGAAAUCCUAUUACAGCCUUAUCUCGUCUUUCACUGAACUUUUCCUGCCUUCCUCCACUUAGGGGAAGUGGUGCAUGCACAAAAGACUCUGAUUCACCUGAAUUGUCCUUGUGUAAUGUUAGGUAAUUUUGUCCAUAAUCAGAAUUUAAAGCCAAACCCACAUCGUGUCUUGGACCCACGACUAGUGCAGGCAGGUAUGGAUGGAGAGUAUGGUGUGGGGUCCUUUGUGCCGCAGGACGGAGGCCUGCAGCAGCCAGCUGGAGCUGGGAACAGGGUGAGGAGCAGCACCAUGAAUCCUGCUGUUCCUCCCUUUUCCCAGUUAGUUUAGGGGAUGCUUUCUUCAGACUCGCCCAUUUAAGUCUGGUGCUGAGAUGCUCCAGGCAAAGCUGUGUCAUUUGUAGAAGCAGUCUGCAAAGAAGGCGUUAUGUCCCUUUGUUCUGGAGUGACCUCUAGGGACCAUGCGGGCAUAGGAGCUUUUCCCUGCAGACAGGGCUGAUGGCUAAGGGAGAGCUUUCAAAGGCGGGUGAGGAUGCCAAAGGAAAAUGCCAGCUGUGGGCUAUAGUACAGUAGGUUUGGACUGCUACAGAAAAAGCUAGCCCUUGCUGCAGCCAAGUUCAGACCAGUCUUGCCUAUAUCCAGAGCAAGUGUAGGUACAAAACAGGAGUUCAUAGAGCUGUGCGGCCAGCCUACAAGAAUGAAAUAGAGUAUGUAUAAAUACAGCUUUAAAAAUUCAAUUCUGGAUCCACCUCACUGCUGCCUCAUGGUGCUGGGAUAUGGGAUCCUACUGGCUGCUUGACCAUGUUUCUGAAGUAUCUCCCUUAGCAUUAACUUGUGGUGCUCCUUCUCAGUAGCAAACAUCACCCUGUCACAUGUUCAUAGCACUGGUCAGCUGUGAGCAAACCUUGAAAAACAGCUGCUCCUGAGGGGGACAUUCUGCUGUGUUUGAUGAGAAUGAAAACCCUGACAUUUUUAUCCACCCCAUCAAAAUUGUGCCAAUUUAUAUCAGAUGGUUAUGGAGCUUUCCUAAUUCAGAAAUAAAACCCAUUUAUUUGCUUUUGUUGUGUUCGCUCCAUCCCAUUUAGCUUUCCUGCCUUAUCACCAGUGAUCCCAGCACCUGAAGGCAAAUCUCUUGUUUCUUUUAAACCUAUGAGCACUUUGUUUUUUUCCUGCUUUCACCCUCCCUGGUCCUUUCCUUAAAGCAAUCCUGUCCUGCCAGG